AUUCUCCGAUUCUCGACCACAUUAGUCGCAUAUUGGCCACGACAGCCUCGUCGAAUGACCUUUAGUGGUGGCUCGAUUUUACGAAUGUGGGUUGGUCGACGAGGAUCGAGCUUGUGGGCGAACGAGCAUGUUGUCGGGACGGGAUCGUAAACGAGGGGAAAACGAUGGAAAAAGAUAAAUCAAUACUUUGGUACUUGCUGGGACCGCGAACGGCGCUCGUCGCGACAGCGACCGCGGCCGUCGAUGACGACGACGAGGUGAAGGAAAGCGUGUGUGCAGCGAAAACUGGUGUGCGGCAUCUCUCCUCGAGAUCCACGUCGUCGGUUAUCUCCGUCGCGUAUCAUUUGUCGUCGAUUAUGAUGCACGCAUUGAUUAUCAUGCUCUAUUGCAUUCUGCUCCUUUUGAUUGCUGUUGCUGCACAGGCGAACAUUUACUUGCCCUUGAUGAAGAAUGUCAAAAGAGCGUGUAAUCCACUAUUCGGAUGUAUCCAGGAGGAGGAUUUAUGGACCGAUAACUUUUUGCGAGAAUUGAUCGAUCAAGUAGGAAAUGAAUUUGCGAGUGUGUCCGAUUCGUAUAUGGAAUAUCAGGAGGAGAAAGCUAAGGAAUUACCCAUGGAAUUGCCUGCCGAUUACGAUGGCAUGGACACGCUGAACCCGAACCCGAGUAUACGAGAUCAAGAGUAUUUGCAGCACAGUACGCUCUGGGGGCAUCAACGGUUCGAUAAUAAUAAAAAUAAUAACAAUAAAGGCUACAACAGACAUAGGAUUCAAUCUGGUUUAAAAGGACCCAAGGACGAAAAGGCGGAAAAUCCUUUACCGGCUUACUGUACUCCUCCGAAUCCUUGCCCGGUCGGAUACACGAGUGAGAACAACUGCCUCACCAAUUUCGAAAACACGGCGGCGUUUAGUCGCGACUAUCAAAGUGCGCAGGACUGCAUGUGCGACACGGAACAUAUGUUAGAGUGCUCCACCGAUUCUGGAAACAGUAACAAUUUGUCGAACAUGCAUAUUUCGAAUUCCGAACUCAAUCAAAUUGUCGAACAAUUUCAGGAAGAAAAUCCAUUCUUUCAAGGAGAAAAAUUGCCUAUAGCUGCAAAGAAAGGCAUACAUGUGAUUGAUUAAAGAUUGCAGAAACGAACUUGAGAGGAAAUUGGGAAACGAACAUGAAAGCAUAAUACAAACAUCAUUUGAUUAAUGUUUAAAUCGAUCAAAAAAGGGCUUUUAUUCAGAUAUCGAUUAUUAGAUGCAUAAUUAGGCACCGCCUAAUAAUAAUAAAUAAAAUACACGCAUUUACGCAGCGUUAAAGCGUCAAACAUUGAGAAACGUUGUAACGUUUCCAAGUCUGAUGAAUGCACGGACAAAGUUCUUAAAUGGACCAUGGCUGUUUAUCAGCGGGUAUUAAAGUAUCUUUUUCUUUUCAUAGAAUUAUUAAUAGAGAUCUUGCCAGAUACAUGUAAUUAUAUACGCGUACGUUUUAACGUUAUAAAUGUCUCUACAGUUGCAAUUAUUCAGUUUAUAAAACAAUUUUCGUACAUAUUAA